AUGCGCUGGCUGUCGUUUCUGCUCCUUGGAGUCUCCAUCACGAUGCUGAUGGCUGAAGGCACCCCAUAUGUGUGCGAUGGCAAGGACGAUCGGGUUUGUGACGAGUAUCGCUGCAUGUGCCGGAGGAAGACGUCGACAGAACCGUAUCCGAGAACAGAGUAUGAAUUUUGAAACAGAAAUAAUUAAAGGUCUUCUCUCUCGAGCUCUUC